AUGUCUGAUAUAAUACAAUUCAAUUACAAAGAUCAUUGGCAAGAAAAAGAAAUUAAUCUUGAAAGAUCAAAUGUCGGUAACAAAUCAUUAGGAUUCACUAUUUCUGGGGGUAUUGAUAUACCCUUUGUUAAUCAUCAUUUUACAUCUAUUGUUAUUACACAUAUUACUGAAAAUGGUCUUGCAUAUAGAGAUAAACGAUUAAAGUUAUAUGAUAUAAUAUUACGUGUAAAUGAUAUCGAUUUUACAAACAUUAAAUAUCAAACAGCUGUUGAUAUAUUGAGAAAUUCAGGACAGAAAAUUCAAUUGCUGAUACGUCGUCUAUCACCACCAAUUAGCGAAGAGAUCGAACUAGAACAUAAUGGAAGAUUAGGCAUUUGCAUUGGUGGUGGAAUUGGAAAUAACUAUUUUCGAAAAGAUCAUGGUAUAUUUAUUACAGAUAUAGAUAAACAACAAACGAAUAAACAAUUAGAUAUAGGUGAUCGAUUAUUACAAAUUUCAUCAACGUAUAACACUUACGAUUUACGAUUUGUUACACAUGAAAUGGCAAAAAAAUAUAUACAGUUAGCAUGUAAAGAAAGUCAAAAAAUUAAACUAUAUGUCGGACAUACACGACCUGGUGUUCAAGUGUUUGCAGCAGCAACGACAGUGACAGAGUUUAAAACUGAUCCUCAAAUGAAUGCCGAUAGUGGAAAAUGUAACGACAAAGAUCAACAUCGAAAUGUUGAAGUGAGAAGUGAUGCUUACGAGGCAAAACUAAGACGUCAACAAAGUAAAAUUAGUCAACAAGCACGUCGUAAUAGAGAAGAUGUGAUAUUGAGAUGGCAAGUUGAUUAA